AUGCAGCAUCACCGCCCCAAAAUUAAUAAAAUCCUUUUCCGCGCGACGGUGGCGACGGCGGGGACUUCCGUCCAGGAGGGGGCGUUGGUAUCCGUGUGGGGGGCCGUCCUCUGGAGCGCGGGGACCCUGUUGUGGGCCGGCUCUACGCUGGGGCUGGUCCACAAGGCCAACGUCUUGGCGUGCACCUUGCUCGUGGGCGUGUGGGCCACGCUUCAGUUCGGGACCAUCUACCGCGACGGCCCCGACGCCGCAAGACUCCUGGAAAGGCUGCUGUUCGCCUGCUUUCCACUGCCAGCCGCCGCGAUCCUCACCUGGGCAGGCGUUGCGUUCGGGGGGGCGACGUACGCGGCCCCAUGCGUUGCCCUGUUCAUGUACGCCGCGGUCGGCCUGUACGCGGUACCGCUGCGCUCUGGGCUGGGGGGGGGCGGAGCUGGUGGGAUCUCCGUCGACUACCGGCUGCUGGUGUGGGCGGGCGGGGCGGUGAGAUGGAAGUCGCUGCAGAAGGUCGCCUUGGCUGCCUCCUUGCCGUGGCCGAUGCUGCUGUCGCUACGAUCCAAGGGCGUGCUGUGGUGGGCGACGCCGGGGCUCGGCCGUAGGCUGGACAAGAUUCUAUCGGUGGGGGGUGCAGUGUCCCUGCUGGUCCUGUGCGAGACGUCCAAGUCUUUGGUGCUGCUGCCCGUCUUCCGACCCUUUUUGUUCUCCGCGCCCCGGCCCCCCCUCGACUCGCUCCUCGCCUCCGCCGUGCUCGCCUGCCUGGCGGCGGCCUGGUUCGCGCAGGGGCGCGCCGGACAAAGAGGCGUCUACGCCGCGCGCGCCCUCACCGUGGCAUCAGUAAGGUGUUUGGGACUGUUGCUGGGCGUGGAGCAGGCGGUGAUGCCGCUGUUCGACUUGUCCGCCUUCGCGCUGUCCAUGCUGGUCUUCUCGGGGAGGCGGGACCUCAAGGCCUACGUGGUGGGGGUUGCCGGCGUGUCGUCCUUCAUCCUGUGGUUUUCGUGGCAGACCGUGUGGCACCUGAGCUUCAGCUUCGCGCUGCCGCUGGGGCCUCGGCACUGGGAGGGAGGGGCGACGUCGUCGUCUCCACCGCUGUCGUCGUCGUUGUCGCUGCAGCAGGUCUCGGCGUGUUGCGCGGCCCUGUCCUUCGGGGUGUUGCUGGUGCCGGGGAUGGUGGCCUUCGGCGUGCGGCAGGUGGCGAUAGGCGUCGUUUUCGGCCUGCACGCCGUGGUCCUGAUGCUGCUCGAGAUCGUUCUCGUCGGCGCGGAGGCGCGGGACCCCUGGCAGCUGGACGGGCUGUACCCGCUCCCGCUGGUGGCGCUGACGGGUGUUCUGGGAAUCUGGAUGGCGUUUCGACUCGUGCGGGACCACGGGGUAGACCCCCUGUUCUUGUGGGUACCCGGGAGCAUUGGCGCCGCCAAGAUGCUGGCGUAUUUCUUGGCAGUCCUCGUCCCGACAGAUGGAGAAUCUCCGGAGAUGUCCUACCUGUUCACGGUCGUCCCGAUCGUCUCGCUAGCCAUGGCCGCCGCCGCCCCGUUCGCGCUCUUCCGGAGAACGCCUCCUACACAGGCUGCUGUCGGAACCCGCCUCGGAAGCGGGGAACCCGUAGGUUCAGGGAUCGCCGAGGACUGGUCGGGCCCUAUGGUCCCACUAGAGGUGAAAGCUUAG